AUGGCUGAUCCGAGUCAGCCACCUGUUCCUACAGCUUUUGCGCCCCCACCACCGCUGUGGAAACACUUUACACGCGAGAAUCUCGACAAGCUCGAGCAUAUCAAAGCCGAAGCUUCCAAGGACGAAGAUGGCCGGCCAAACAAGAAGAAGGAAUGGUCAGCAGCAGAGCUGCGCGCUCUAGAGAUCCCAGAUGAGCUUAGAUAUCUCGUGCCCCCGGAUAUUCCAACGGGGCAGUAUAGCGUCUUUGGGGAAUUGCAAACGAUGUCGACCGUGUUGCCAUCAUUGAAAGACCAGGGAAUUGAACAGCUCUACCCAGAACCUGCCACAGCCGACGCCGACCAGGACCCUUCGCAGCCCUCACCUCCUCUCAACCAUGCCUAUUACCUUCUCAAGAUCAGCAAGUCCCUCCUCCUCAAUUUCCUGGAAUUCGUCGGGAUUCUAUCAGUGUCCCCAGAGCAAUAUCAAUCCAAGGUGGAGGAUAUGCGCAACCUAUUUAUCAACGCCCACCAUCUUCUCAACCUCUACCGCCCGCAUCAGGCCCGCGAAUCACUCAUCAUGAUGAUGGAAGAGCAGCUCAGCCACACUCGCGAGGAAAUCAAGCAAAUGGACAAGGUCAAGGCAGAGGUCGAGGGUGUCCUGGAUCAGUUGCAAGCUGAAGGCAACCGCGUGGGCUCCAUCGAAUCUACGGAGAAUACCAACCCGAGCAUAGCGCUGAAGGAGAAGGCAGAUGCCCACUCUCGGCUGAUUUGGGAUUUACUCGGCAAAGAGGAGUGA